AUGCGCCCGGCGUACGCCCUCCUCCUCUCGAGCACCACGCAUGCGUGCACCAUGUACGGCGUCGGCCGCCUCGCGAGCGCCGACGGCACCACCCUCGUCUCCCACAGCGAAGAUUCCGGACCGAACCCAGACGUGCGGCUCUCCUAUGUGCCGCCGGCAACGCACAGCCCGGGCGCAAUGCGCUCAGUCUACACGGUUGAGCCGUCGCAGGGCGCCUUCCCAAAGUUUAUUGGUAGCGCCCUUGGCGAGACCUUCCUGCCGCUGCCCGGCCAGAAGCCGACCGCGGAAAUCGGUCGCAUCCCGCAGGUCGCACUCACCCACGGCUACUACGUCGACAGCUAUGCGACCCAGAACGACUGUGACCUCAGCUUUGGCGAAUCGACCGCGUCGGCAGUUUUCCGUGCCGACCCGGUCGGCCUGCCCGGCGGCACUUCUCUCUUCUCGAUCAACGAGCUGUCCAACAUCGCAGCGGAGAGGGUCUGCUCGGCUCGCGAGGCGGUGUCUUUGAUGGGAGCCCUCGCGGAGAAGCACGGCUUCUACGGCGCCGAUGGCGGCGCCGGCGAGAUGCUGAUGGUGGGCGACCCGAGGGAGGUUUGGAUGUUCCACAUCCUGUCGGACCCGACCGCCAAGUCGGCCAUCUGGGUGGCGCAGCGAGUGCCGGACGACGAGGUGGCGGUGGCGGCGAACCAUUUCAUGAUCCGCGAGGUGGACCUCGACGACCCCGACUUCUUCCUCGGCUCGCGCAACAUGAGCGCAAUCGCGCUGGCGCACGGCCUGUGGGAUGGACAGGGCAAGCUGGACUUCACCGCCGCCUUCUCACUCGGCGAGUACGGCAACAAGUACUAUAGCGGCAGGCGGGUGUGGGACGGCUACCGCCGCUUCAAGCCGUCCCACCACCUCCCGGCGACCUACGAGAGCAAGGCGGGCCCGUGGAGCGGCCUUCAGGAGAGCCGGCCGUACCCGUUUUCGCUCAAGCCCGAUGCGCCGCUCUCCGUGCAAGACCUCUUCGCAGCGCACCGCUCCCACUACGAGGGAACUCCGUACGACAUGACCAAGGGGGCGGCGGCCGGCCCCUUUGGGUCGCCGGACCGCUACGCGCCUGGAAAGGUGGUCAAGGGCGCGUGGGAGCGCUCGGUGGCCAUCUACCGCGCCUCCUUCACCUGGGUCGUGCAGGCGGGAGGCGGGGCGUGCGGAUGCACGGGAAGGAUCUGGCUCGGAAUGGCCGACCCAUCCACGACCGUCUUUGCGCCUCUGAGCGUCUGCACCGGCGCCGCGCCACCGGAGAUGUACACGCGGGGCGGGCCGGGCAAGGUGGAUCGCAAGUCAAUCUACUGGGCGCACCGCUACACUCAGAACCUCGCGCAGAUCCGGUACUCCGCAAUGAUCGUCGACAUCCAGGCGCACGCGGAGCGGUGGGAGGAGCAGGGCGUGAAGCUGGUUUCUGCACUGCGUUGCCAGACUGGCCGCGCGCUCAAGAAGGCGCUGGAUGGCCUCUCGGGCGACAUUCUCGCGUCGAGCUGGGCGUUGACUGACGAGCUGAUGGGAAAGUUCGCCGACGGGGCCGAGGCGGUGCCAAAGCCGAUGGAUGCAACGGGGGCGACGGUGGCGGCGAGGAGCCUCGGCUACACGGCAGAGUGGUUGGCCGACGUGCGCUUCGCGGACGGCCCCGAGAAGAUCGCGGGUCACAUGGCGCACGAGGCGGGGCCGGGAUGGCUCGAGCGGCAGCGGCGCGAGGCCGGCGACGACCUCGCGCUCGCUCUUGCGCGUGAGGCCACCAGGGCGGCAGCGGCGGUGCCCACGGCUCUCCUCGCCAAGCCGAGCGGGCCUGGCCCGGGGGAGCAGCCUGUGGCGGCGUGGAUAGCGGCCGCAGGAGUCGCCCUCGCCGCCCUUGCUGCGCUCGCGGUCGUCCAAAUUGCGAGGGCGGGGCGCCGCGCGAGCUCUGCUCACGCGCGGCCGCUCGCUCCAGCACGGGACGAGUCCAGCUACGUCGGCCUGGCCGCACACGCUUAG